GAUGUAAAAGACAUCUCCGGCGGUUGCGGAGCGUCGUUUGAGUGUGUUAUUGUCAGCUCUCAAUUUCAGGGUAAAGCCCCACUCGCCAGACAGAGAGCAGUGAACGCUAUCCUUAAAGAUGAACUGGCGGAGGUCCACGCUUUCGUACAGCGAUGCUACACUCCGGAACAAUGGGCGAAGAAACAGGAGAGCGCCUAA